AUGAGUCUAUAGUGGUCAUAAUUAAUUUUGCUGGGUUUAAUUAAUCCUGCGCGUAUACGGACGCGCAGCUAGGCACCAUAUUCGGUUCUGUUUCUACGGGGAUGAAGAAAACAAAAUUAACAAUGCGUUUUCCACUUCUAUUCUUCGCUGCGGGAUGCUCGCUUUUCAGCAGCGAUUGUUGGUACAACGAACCAGAUAGAUAUUCCACUAGGAACUGUCUGUGUGGAGUGUGUUGUCGGUGGAGAAGUAUAGUUACUGACCCCGCACCCUCAUUCCUAAUUGGAAACUCACCAAUCACAAGCCUGGAUGGUGGAGUUCUGGUGAUUGAUGAUACUAGCAUGACGUUCCAGGCAUCUCCUGCCCUGACUUUGCAGUGUUUUAGUGGCUCGGAUGUAGGACAGGCUUCAGUUUUCUUGGACGUGUAUCAACCUCCUAUAAUCACGGGAGCAACUACAGUCAAUGAGGGAGGCACACUGUUCCUCUCCUGUGACACCACAAACUCCAACCGAGAACCACUUGCACAGUGGUUCGACAAAGAUGGCCAGAUGGUGUCUUCAUCUGGAGUACUGAAUAUCCCCAACAUCAUGAGGUCUCAGGCUGGGAGCUACACCUGUCGAACCUCUCCUCCAAACCUUGACAACUCUACCAGCACAACUGUGACAGUGGUCGUACAAUUUCUCUCUCAGAGUGUGGAUGACUGUACAGCCACGGUGCAGAUUGUUGGUACAACGAACCAGAUAGAUAUUCCACUAGGAACUGUCUGUGUGGAAUGUGUUGUCAAUGGAGAAGUAGUUACUGACCCAACCACCACAUUCCUAAUUGGAAACUCACCAAUCACAAGCCUGGAUGGUGGAGUUCUGGUGAUUGAUGAUACUAGCAUGACGUUCCAGGCAUCUCCUGCCCUGAUUUUGCGGUGUAGUAGCUCAGGGGAUGUAAGACAGGCUUCAGUUUUCUUGGACGUGUAUCAACCUCCUAUAAUCACGGGAGCAACUACAGUCAAUGAGGGAGGCACACUGUUCCUCUCCUGUGACACCACAAACUCCAACCGAGAACCACUUGCACAGUGGUUCGACAAAGAUGGCCAGAUGGUGUCUUCAUCUGGAGUACUGAAUAUCCCCAACAUCAUGAGGUCUCAGGCUGGGAGCUACACCUGUCGAACCUCUCCUCCAAACCUUGACAACUCUACCAGUACAAGUGUGACAGCGGUCGUACAAUCUCUCCCUCAGAGUGUGGAUGACUGUACAGCCACGGUGCAGAUUGUUGGUACAACGAACCAGAUAGAUAUUCCACUAGGAACUGUCUGUGUGGAAUGUGUUGUCAAUGGAGAAGUAGUUACUGACCCAACCACCACAUUCCUAAUUGGAAACUCACCAAUCACAAGCCUGGAUGGUGGAGUUCUGGUGAUUGAUGAUACUAGCAUGACGUUCCAGGCAUCUCCUGCCCUGAUUUUGCGGUGUAGUAGCUCAGGGGAUGUAAGACAGGCUUCAGUUUUCUUGGACGUGUAUCAACCUCCUAUAAUCACGGGAGCAACUACAGUCAAUGAGGGAGGCACACUGUUCCUCUCCUGUGACACCACAAACUCCAACCGAGAACCACUUGCACAGUGGUUCGACAAAGAUGGCCAGAUGAUAGAAGAGUCAAUAAUCCUACAUACAGCCCUGGAUUCAGUGUACCAGUACGAGCCGACUGAACUGGAGGGAUGUGAACCUGACAGGAAUGCUGACUACCGCACUCAUAUCGAGGCCGAGAUUGAGGCCUUGAUAAAUGAGUAUUUUGAGAACUCUCAAUGA